AUGAGUGCCCUCAAGAAGACGAGGGACCUUGUUAGAAUGGGACCAUCACGUGAGAAAUCACGAUCACGUGUUGACUCGGCGCUAGCCCCACUUGCUAGCGUGAGCUCCCAGCACAACACGGUUGUCGACUGCCUAUUAGAGACCUGUGAUUCUGAUCAGAGCUCCCUGGACGAGACUGCUAUUGAUUCAGACUCGAGCGAUAGCAACGAUACUAUCCCUGGGUUGAGUAUAUCCGCCACAAUCGAGGGCGACACUUCCCCCUCCCCUUCCAAGGCUUUCACGCGUGGGCAUCGCCGUCGCUCCACGCACGUUACUCGCCGUGACCUUGAGAAGUUUCAAUCGGAGGUCCUAGGCGUUCAAAACCACGCCUCUUGGUUCGACGAAGAUAACGGAACUCGGCAACCCUCCACUCCUGACGAUCCUCAACUUGAGGAACUGAACCGCGCUUUCGCCGACGCCGACGUCUCUAUGAACAAUACCGCUAGUAUGGCUAGCAAUGGUACCGGACCUAACAACUUCUCGGGUUAUAUGGAGAACAGUACUGGCUCAAUGAACAUGCCGCCCAAUAUCCCUCCCCGCCAGACUCCGUCUCCUUCUCCCUCACACUCUUCAGUCACCACUCAGGUCAAUGGCGGCGGAAUGGGAGCUAUGGGCGCGGCAAUUCCGAUGAACGCUGGUCAUCAGAUGGAUUUGCAUCAUUUAUACGAGAUGGUUGUGGAAUUGAGCGAUGUGUUGAAGAACAACCGGGAUGUGACCAAAAACAUCGUCGCGAAUGCGGAGGAGAUUGUGAAGAACGGUAUUGCCGAUAGCUCUGGUGCCAGUGGCCAGCAGGGCGAUAACCUCACUGCCCGUAUUGCUGAACUCGAGCGUGCCCUGGCCAAGGAAAAGCUUCUGAGUGCCGAGCACAAACACCAUCGCGAGGAAAACAUGAAGAUGAUCCGCGAGUUUGAAACCGCCGUGGGUGUUAUGGUGGAGCAAAUCCGUAACUACUGCCAAAACAACAACAUGCAUUACCUUGCCCAGAAGAAGCAUUAUAACAACCUCCUCCAGGCUGAGCGCGACGCUCACCUGGAAAGCCGACUUGAUCGAGACUACUGGCAUGCACAAACCAUGAAAUGUGCCGAAAUGAUCCGCACGGCCUACCGUCUCAAAUGUGAAGAAGAUGAUGUCCCCACCCGCGUCAUUUCUGGUCUGCAGAAUGAGGUUCGUGCCUACCGCUUUGCGCUUGGCAUGGAAGCUGAGAAGCCGGAGGAGGAGUAUGGCUGGGAAUAUCUCAAGAAUAUCCCUGGUUUGGAGUAA